GUCCUCUGCUGAUUAUACAGGCAGUUAAAGAGAAGAGUUCAUGUCCAUCCCAGCUUGUUUCACUUUGCUCCUUCCCCGCCAGCCCAACUUUCAGCUGCAGUAAUCUGAUACUGCUUGGCAGAGGCUUAGAGAAUGAGAAUUUUUGGCACAUUGGAAAGAGGCUUAAUGUAAAGUCGGCUUGCUUUUUGCUUUCUUUUUUUUUCUUUCCCCUUCCUUUUUUCUGAAAUUCUCGUGGUUCUGCACAACUCUGGCAGUAGCUGCAGGACUCCUCACAAAUGCUCCAGAUGCAACCGUGAGCAAAAAGAUUAGCGAUGCAUUCUGCAAAGGGGAUGCCUUGGUAGCUCUCAUCUCCCUCUAAAAAGUGUUAAAGACUGACAUGGAACAAACAGAACAACUUUCUGCAAGCAGAAAGAAGAGCUUCAGCUUCCUCGCAGUGGACAAGAAGAGCAAUGGCUAUCGGACCCUCGUGGGAUUUUUGUGCAUAUUCCCUGUGGUGGCUUUGCUGGCUGUUGUGGGAGAUCCAGCUGGAGCUGCCCUUCAGAAAAGCCAGGAAGAUGCCGCAUCGCCUGGUCUUCGUGGAGCCUCUGCUUUGCACAGCUCACCUUUCCCACCUCGGCCUCCAGCACGGAAAAAGCGAUACACAAUCACGCCGGGGCACUUGAAGUGGGACCACUUCAACCUGACCUACAAAAUCCUGUCCUUCCCGAGAAACCUCAUAAAUGCCAGAGACACACGCAAGGGGCUAGCAGCUGCCUUCCGGAUGUGGAGCGAAGUUUCGCCAUUCAGCUUCAGAGAAGUGCCGCGCCACGCAGAUAGUGACCUGAAAAUAGGCUUCUACUCCAUCAAUCACACGGACUGUCUGGAGUCUCUCAUUCACCACUGCUUCGACGGAACAACAGGAGAACUUGCCCAUGCCUUCUUCCCACCCAACGGAGAAAUCCAUUUUGAUGACCACGAAUACUGGAUAUUGGGAAAUACCCGGUUCAGCUGGAAAAAAGGUGUUUGGCUUACAGAUCUGGUGCACGUAGCAGCUCAUGAGAUAGGCCAUGCCCUAGGACUCAUGCACUCCCUGAACCCCAACGCCCUCAUGCACAUCAAUGCCACUUUGACUGGGAAAAAGACCAUCUCUCAAGAUGAAGUCUGGGGAAUUCACAGGCUUUACGGAUGCAGAGACAGAUUAUUUAUGUGCCCGUCAUGGGCACGAAAAGGUUUCUGCGAGACACGCAGGAAGUUGAUGAAAAAGCACUGUCCGUCCACCUGUGACUUCUGCUACGAAUUCCCCUUUCCAACGGUUCCUCCUACUCUGCCCCCACCAAGGACAAAAACCAAGACUGUUUCGGAAGGCAGGAAUGUCACCUUCCGCUGCGGACAGAAGAUCAUUCAUAAAAAAGGCAAAGUUUACUGGUAUAAAGAUAAGGAGCUUCUGGAAUACUCAUAUCCAGGUUACUUAUCCUUAAACGAGGAUCACAUGAGCAUCAUCGCAAAUGCAAUUAAUGAAGGAACUUACACUUGUAUAGUAAAGAAAAAAGAAAGAAUCUUGACCACAUAUUCCUGGAGGAUCAGACUGAGACACUAAUGAAGGCUCUGGAAUAAGAACUUCAAUUACUGCUAGGUCUGUUUCAAAUUCAGAAUGGUUCUUUAGCAUUUUGUAUUUUAUCUCCAGUAGUGCGAAUGAACUUCUAAAUCUGCCGCUUCCAUACCUUCGGCAAGAAGGACUCUGGGACUUGAUUACUGGAAAACAAAACCUUUCCAAGUUAGUUUUAAUGGUAAAAAAUUCAUCAAGCACGUGCUGUUCAGAGAUUUUUUUAAAAAAAAAAAAAAAAAAAAAAGUGUAAGAUUUUGCAGUUAACCUGGAUCACUGUGGACUGCUGACAAACAAGAACAUAACCCUUCAUCAAACACGUGGACGAACAUUGAUGGCUCAGCUGUGUUGCAAUGGAAUCAGAGGUAUUGUGGAAGGAAAAUGACCAGUAUGCUCUACCAGAGCAACACCACGUGGAGCUGAGCAUCUCUCAAGACAGCUCUGUCUUCGGGAUCUGGAGAAGAGAACCGCGAGCAACGAGCUGAUCGGCAUAGCCUUCAAUACCUAUCACAAGAGGAUGUCAACGCCUCAGCUGCACGGAUGCUUAAUCCUAGGGCAGAUCUGAAGCCCUUCAUCUCACAGCUUAACACUUUCUAAAACAUCAUUUAUGAUACCGAGUUCUGUGCAAUUUCUCCGACUGCCGUUUACCUACACGGCAGUAACCUACCGCUAGCUCCGCAGUGCUCUCCAGUUGAUGCUCCUGGCAGGCAGCGUCCACGACGGAGUUUGGGGAAUAAGGGAAUGCCCAGGCAAAAGGGGAGGCAGCUGCAGGGUAAAUGCUGCUAGCUAAGGACCUGCUUUGCCACUGCCAUCCUGUAAGGAGCUAGCCGCCUUCAAAUACCAGCUGGGGACCUGAAGGCCACUGGGAAAAAAACCCAACGAAACAAGUUGCACAUUUAAGACACCAGGCCACUACCCAGCUCUGUCACUCCUCCAGGAUGCCACUGACACAAAGGGCAUGGCCCUGCCCUCCAGUGUGCACAGCUGUUCUGGCUACAGCUUCACGGCUAGCUCGUCACCCCACACAAUGUUCAAGGAACUCAGAAAAAAGAUUUACAUUUCUGUAAAGAAGCCAACAGCAAUGCCGACAAAUUACGCUCUCUCUAUUGCCUGCACAGGAACACUGCAUGACAGCUUCCAUUUCUGAAAUGUAGAUUUGCUGGUACAGAAAACACUUCACAGACUGGGUGAGCUCUUCAAGGUAAGCAACAAAACUCACCUUCUCUUGGAUUACAAUUUGAUUUUAUAAAAAUACGAACUGAAAUAAACCAACAACAAAACAACGUACCUAAACUACAACAGUCCUGUGAUUCCACUGCACACUCACGCACUGGAACUUCCACUUUUUCCUAAAUGAUUUAUCUUUGCAGGUUUUCCAUGGUUGGUUGAAAUCAGUUAUUUAAAAAUGACGAUUUCAAACUAAUUGAAUACUACGGUACUGUUCCUGGUGAAAUAAACCUGUCAAUAUUUUCUCUCUUUACUUGCCUUUGCGUAACUUAUGUAUGAUUAAAAGCAAACAACUCCCAUCAGUGUCAGAAGUCCAGAUUUGUUAGCCCAUGUUGGACUGAAGAACGCCUUCCAGCCGUGUCUGACACACCUGUUUAAGCAGUUAAAGAUCAGCAAUCAUUGUGGGUAAAGCACCGUUAGCAUUUCAGGAUUUCUGUCCCCUUUCACUUCUCACAUAUUUAAUGAGUAAAUAAGCUUUGGAUUCAGUUUUACUAUCACAGUUACCUUAUAAUAUAAAUGUAAGAUUCAAAAACGCAUGGGUGCAUGGACAGUUAAGCUCAGAAACAUACCAGGCAAGCACUCGGUGCCAAAAUAGAGCCAAAACAAGAGUUGCAAUACAGUAACUGAGGGAGAACGGGUAGUUACCUGCUACAAAAAAAAAAAAAGAAAAAA